GGGCGUCUCAAAAUGUUCAAUUUACCUCUACCGUGCUCACCGCCUCACCGUGACGAAUAUGCUGCAUGAAUGCACCAAGCUAGCAGCGAGGCGAUCCGCGACGACCAGUGGCGGACGGUCAAGACCAGGGGCAGCCAGUUCGUCGUUGGUGACCGGCCGUUCUAUGUGAAUGGCUUCAACGCAUACUGGCUGAUGAUCCUCGCCGCCGACCCGUCGACCAGGGGCAAGGUCACCGAGGUAUUCCAGCAGGCGGCGGCGGUCGGCCUCCCGGUGUGCCGCACCUGGGGCUUCAACGACGGUGGGUGGAGGGCGCUUCAGAAGUCACCUGCUGUCUAUGAUGAGGAUGUCUUCAAGGCGUUAGAUUUCGUAGUGAGCGAGGCAAGGAAGUACAGGAUCAGGCUGAUAUUGUCGCUGAUCAACAACUGGGAUUGUUACGGCGGCAAGGCGCAGUACGUGAAAUGGGCCGGGGACGCCGGCCUCAACCUCACCUCGGACGAUGACUUCUUCUCCGACCAAACCGUAAAGGGCUACUUCAAGAACCACGUCAAGAACAUGCUGACGAGGAUGAACACGUACACGAACGUGACUUACAAGGAUGACCCAACCAUCUUCGCCUGGGAGAUCAUGAAUGAACUGCGCUGCACGUCGGAUCCAACCGGGAACAAGCUGCAGGCGUGGAUCCGAGAGAUGGCUUUCCAUGUCAAGUCCAUCGACCCGGAUCACCUGCUGGAGGUCGGGGCCGAGGGCUUCUACGGCCCCUCGUCGCCGGCACGGCUUCAAGCCAACCCGAACACCUACGCCGGCCAGGUCGGCACCGACUUCAUCCGCAACCACCGAGUCCUGGGCGUCGACUUCGCCUCCGUUCACAUCUACCCGGACACCUGGAUGUCGGGCGCGAGUGUGGAGGAACAGCUCAAGUUUGCGCAGUCGUGGAUGCAGGCGCACAUCGCCGACACCGAGGGCGAGCUCGGCAUGCCGGUGGUGUUCACGGAGUUCGGGGUGUCCACCAAGGCCCGGAGCACCUUCAACGCGACGUCGAGGGACCAGUUCAUCCAGGCGGUGUACGGGUUGCUCCUGGACUCGACGCGUCGUGGUGGCGCCGGAGCGGGGGCCCUGCUCUGGCAGGUGUUCCCGGAGGGGAUGGAAUACAUGGACGACGGCUACGGCAUUGUGCUGCCCAAAGCGAAGGCCACUGCUGGGAUCAUGUCGGUGAACUCCAAGAGGCUGGUGGUCUUCAACUCCAGGUGCGCGUGGAGCUGCCACUGGGGGUGCAGGAAAGGAGGAGCAGCAGCAGUCGGAGGAUGUUGAUGACCGGAUGGUGCACGGCCCCAUGGUGCUCGUGCUGCAGAUGCAGGCAGUGGCAGAUCUGGCCAAAAUAUGUAGGGGACUGAUGUCUUCUUCCCUUCUCUUCCCCACCCUUCAUCUCUCUAUUUUCUUCUUCCCUCUUCUCCUUCCCUACCUUCCCCUUGCUUCUAAUGGAGGUUGCAGCCGGUAGGGGGGCUGGAGCCCCCUCAGCCCCCCCCCCCCCCUACUGGAUCCACGCCUGGCACGUUCAAGUGGCUUUAAGGUACAAUACGGUUGAAAAUUUAGGGAGGAAAGAUGGCGUGUUGUCGGAAAAUGAGCAUUCACUGUGUGCUUGAUCGUUUGUCGUGUGCAAAUUAUCGAGCACACGACAAAGGACACGGCAUGCAGAUAAAACACACGGCAAACGCAACACACAUGGCAAAUCAGUACUUUGCCAUGUGCUUGUCUACAAAACACACAACAUGUCUAGCACACGGCAAAAUAGGCAAUUUGUUGUGUGCAUGACUAGAAAACACAUGGUCCAUGUUUGGCACACGGCAAAAUAGCCAAUUUGCCGUGUGCCCUGACAUGCACACGGCAAAACAAAAUAUUUAUCGUGUGCUUUUCUUCUUUGCUGUGUACCUAACUCCAGGCACACAGCAAAUUAUUUGGAAAAAUGUUGAUUCUGCCCUCCAAACUUUUCUGCUAUGCGCAUACUAUACGUGAUACUCCAUGUUAAGUUUUGA